GUACUUUUUACAAACAUGUGGAAAGCACACCUAUUAGAUUAGCAGACAUUAUUUGUAACGUGAUUAUCUUUUGUGGAACUAACGUAUUUCAUUAUUGGGUUUUCAAAGAGAAGAGCUUCAAGUUAUUGAUACUGCAUGAUGAUGAGACCACCAGGCAUGCGACCUCCGGGAAUGGGACCACCCAGAAUGAGGCCUCCAGGGCCUGGUCCCCAAGGACCACCUCGACCCAUGGGACCUGGUCCACGUGGACCACUGAGGCCAGGACCACCAGGGCCACAGGGUCCACUUCGACCACCAGGUCCGGGGGGACCACCAGGACCUGGGCCCGUCAGCAGUAAUACAAAUGAUCCAGCAUCUGCCAAGUCUCGAGUGUUUGUUGGAAAUUUGAACACUUUUGCUCUAAAUAAAGAAGAUGUAGAGCAAAUCUUUAUGAAGUUUGGCUUAGUCACUGGGAUAUCCAUGCACAAGGGUUAUGCAUUUGUACAGUAUGGGAGAGAAAUGGAGGCCAGAAUAGCAGCAGGGGCUGAAGAUGGGAAGACCUAUGCUGGUCAGGUUAUUGCAACAAAUAUAGCCUCUGAACCAAGGGGUCGUGGUAUCAAGAAAACACCUCCCAAUGAAAGGCGUCCAAGUUUGAACUCCAAGCCAACAACACCCACAACUCCGUCAGUCAACUCCAGCAUGAAGCGCACCCUGGUGACACUAUCUGGCGACACAUCAGAACCCCCUGCCAAGAAGCCCACCCCAUCCCCCAGCACGUCCAGUAACGCCACCAAGUCGAAAAUCUCCUCCAUCAACACAGCCGGGUGGAUGUUCUUAUAUGUGGUAGGUGCAAGCUCCAGUUCAACAGUCUACACAGUCUGGCACAACACAAGAAGAUUCCCUGUCGACUACGCUUCAGCUGCCAAUGUCAGAAGAACCCUCCACCUACAGUGUCAGAUGAGCCCUCGCAGUUGUUGUGUGCAUCCUGUGAGGCCCAAUUUAACACUGCAUGGUCCCUUGUACAACAUUGCCAGGCUGAACACGCUGUCAAGAUCUUCAAGACGGAGGACGAGGACAAAGAAGUGUCAGGGAAGAGUGAGGAAAACGGUGAUGACAGCACACUUCAAAACAAGACUGGGGCAACAAAGAAAUGAUCCUGUUCUUUAGUUCACUCAUCAUUUGAUGUAAAUUUCGACCGACAGCCAUGUAUUUCAACACUGACGCCAUCCCAUCAACAACAGAGGGUACUGUGACAAGUGGUCAUACCUAUUUGGUACCAUUCCGUUUUGCAGUCACCUUGAAACACCAACCCUCAUCUACUUUUGAAUGUAUGGCAUCAUUACAGAUCCCAUUUGCUAUGAGAAACAUGUUCUGUCUCCAUCAGCACACAAGCUUCAGUACUUCAGGCUCUUGUAUGAUCUGCUCCCCUCCAUCACUGUGAAUACUGACAGUCGCUUCGCACUAUAUUUGUAUAAACCAAAGAAUGCAGCAAUACUCCACAAGGGAGACAACUCUGAGUGCACUAAUUAUAGUGCGUCAUGCCGUAGCCUUGCACCUAUCUGCUCUAUAAGUGUGAUGCAGUUGUCGGGUUUGCACAAUACACUGAGUAGGGUCCAAUUUGCAUCUAUGAGCUAUUAAAGACUUCAUCAUUAGAGUGCACUACUUUGUAGAACAGUGCUGUAUGUAUUCACUGUGAGUGUUGGGGAUGGUAGUUCAUACAAGCACAUGAAGUAGCCUUGUUAUUCUGUAUAUACACUGAACUUCAGCAGUCGGCUCAUUUCACUAUAGAAGUUGAUGCCAAAUUAUGAUUUUAUCUUGUGCUUGUCAUGUUACUAGAUUGUCACUUGUGAUUUUAGCCUGAUUUCUGAACUUGAAUGUAAUAUAUGCAUAUGGUAUUGACUGGUCUAUACAUGGGUCAUGUUUGUAGACAGAAUUUUAUGUCAUCCCUGUGUAGGGCGACCUACUGAAGAACACGGUACUACACUGAGAGGAUGGCCAACACUGGUAUGUUUGUAGAGGUGUAUUCAAGACUUGUAAUGGCAGCUUCAAUAUGGAGGAACAAGGGGAGUUAGCUGCAGACCAUGCGAUGUUGUCACACUAAAGUGUCAUACCAUGCACGUGACUACGUUAUCUGGUACUUGGAUAACAUUCACGCCUGCUUCAAACCCAUUUAGGAUGGGUCAAAUAGGGUGUAUAUGUUUAUAACAUUGCUCAAUGCCUGUUAGAAACGGUACUUGUGUUUUGGAUAACCCGUCAUUUCACUCCCAUUCCUGGCAUUUUUAUCACAUCUGUAAUUAUUCGUCAACACUCAUAUAAGAACUUAUUUUUUAAUGAUUUAUUUUCUUUACCUACUUACUUGCACAUAGCACUUAGCGUGUUACCAUAGUUACCUGAAACACAAGUAUUAUAAUUUGAGCAAUAGUUUACAUCUCAAAGUGUCCACAAGUCAGGUUUGUUCAGGUUAAUAGAGUAAUGCCCCGGAGGACAUCUUCACCAAUACCAGUAUUUCUAGCCCAAAGUCUGGACCACGGGAAUUAGUGAUAUUUGUGGAUCCAAAUCUGUAUCCUUGAAACCUGUAUGACAGAUGGGUAUGGUUGUGAUUUAGAUGUAAGACGUUUCAGGAGUGUGCUUGGGUCUCAACCAAACACUCCCACAAAAUACAAUAUUUUCUACUGGUAUUAUUAUUAUCCUAAUGCAAUGUAUGAAAUAAGGCUCCUCUGACUGCCCAAGAUGGGCUAGAUUUCUGACGGACGGUCUAAAUUAACAACUAGCCAGCCCGAUGGUCUGGUAAUUUAUUU